CUCGGAUCGCGAUGUGCAGUUUUGGGACGUAAAAACGGUUAAUAAAUGCAUAGUAAGAGGAUCAUAUAACGCCGUUAGAUGAGAAAAGUACGGAAUAUUUUUUCCAUGACUUUUUUUCCCGGAAACAAAAUACAUGAUUAAAGUGAUGAUUGUGAUGUUAUACAUUCGUUUAGUAAACAUGGAAUAUUUUUUAACCAUUUGGUGGUGAUGUGUGAUAUAUAUUGUUGAUUAUAUACCGUCUAAUGUUGUUCUACGUUAUUCAACGCGAAUUCUAAGGACGACAGUGCCCGGAUAGGUACAUAUGGAAGAUGAGUAGAUUGUUACAGGUCUAGAAUUAUCAUAUUUAAUGGAUUACCGUCUGUUGAUCCUAGCCUCUUUCCUGUUAGCUGUCGAUGUCAAAGGUCACACAUUAUUUAUGCUAUCCAGCGACCCGGGACAGAUACGUCAAAAGGUCCAAACGAUAUACCACACACACAAGCAGGAAAUGACAAGACUGCCAGUGAAAUCUCUAACCACGCGGCCGUCAGCCAUCCGUCCAAAUUUCCACGAGCAGUUCGUGCUACCGAGCCGAGAGAUGAUGGUGAGGAAGCAAACCCGUCUAGCUGGUCUGUCGCUAGGGACCAUCAAACAGAUAUGUACCAGUACCGGAAGUACUGUUUAUGAGUUGCUAGAAAAGCCUGGAUGGCAGGAAGCCCUCAGGACUGAGUUUGGCCACGACUGUCAGGACCUGAGUGCUAACCUUACGUGUAAUGCACUCAGUCGGUACCGAACCAUAGAUGGCUCAUGUAACAAUCCGUUCCAGCCCACGUGGGGUAUGGCGGGAACUCAACAAACACGCUACCUCCGUCCAGUCUACAAUGACGGUAUAAAUUCCCCACGUCUUGUGGGAAGGGACGGGAUACCCCUCCCCAGUGCCCGGAUGAUCAGUAACAUCGUCCAUAGCUCCAAAGGGUUCGUUCGCCAGGACUGUCAUCUCUCAGCUAUGGUCAUGCAAUGGGGACAAUUCCUUGACCACGACAUCGUCGGUACGCCUGUGCUCAAAAAAGAUAAUGGUUCAUCAUACGAGUGUUGCGAGGCUGAUUCUUCCUUUGAAGGUUGUUUUCCUGUCGAUAUCCCCCCUAACGACGACCAUUUUGAAGGGAAAUGUAUGAACAUGGUAAGGUCCGCACCAGCAGUGGGACCUGACUGUGCUAUAGGUGCACGGGAACAAAUGAACAAGGUGACGUCAUACAUAGACGCGUCUGCUGUCUACGGUUCUUCUCGGGAGGAAGAGGCCUUCUUGAGAGCUUAUAAUAGAGGAAUGUUAAAGGAGGGAGACAACCGACUGCUGCCACCUAGCGGCAGAGACAACUGUAUACAGAGAACCCCAGCUGACGUGUGUAUGACUGCUGGGGAUGACCGCCCCAAUGUCGUGCCUUCAUUAGGAUCAAUACACACUUUGUUCAUGAGAGAACACAACCGGAUAGCCGCCAUGCUCGGCGUUCUGAAUCGGUUCUGGGACGACGAGCGGAUUUUUCAAGAAACUCGCCAAAUAAUGUCAGCCCUAUUACAGCAUAUUACUUAUUACGAGUAUCUGCCGUUAAUCCUCGGCAAACGGAUUAUGGAAUACUACAAGAUUCUUCCCACAACUGAAUACAAGGCAAACAUAUACAAUACGUCGAUCAAUGCCGGAAUAGCAAAUGUCUUUGCUGUGGCAGCGUUUAGAUUCGGUCAUUCACAAAUUCCUUCAAUUCAAACGUUUUUGGGACCAAGAGAAUCUUACCGGCAUGACUUCCGGAUCGAGACUACGUAUCACAGACCCUUCUUCGCACAAUUCAAGAAUGGACAAGGAACGGAAGACGUACUGAGGUGGCUCGUUAAAGACUCACAACCGGAAACAAACAGGGUGUUUGUCCGGGGCGUACGGGAUCAGUUAUUCUUAAGGAACAACGUCAGCCUUGAUCUGGCGGCUAUCAAUAUUCAGAGAGGGCGUGACCACGGCGUACCACCGUACAAUGCUUGGCGGAAAUGGUGUGGCCUAGCCCCGGCUAGGCACUUCGGGGUGGAACCCGACGGACUUAUCCACCACACGAUAGCCUCAGCCAGACUACUACAGCGGGCCUACCGUGAUCCGGACGACAUCGACGUCUUUCCCGGGGCUAUAUCAGAACGCCAUUUGAAAGGGGCCAGUGUCGGACCAACAUUCGCCUGUAUCCUAGGUUACCAGUUUCAGGAGCUCAAGCAGGGAGACCGGUUCUGGUACGAGCGAGCACAUCCCAUCACAGGUUUCACAGAGAGACAGCUGCGGUCGAUACGAAGAAUGAGGCUAUCGAAAAUUCUUUGUGAGAAUUUCAAUAUUACACCGUUACAGAAAAAUGUGUUCCUACUUCCAAAUAGCAAGGUUAAGUCAUCACACCUGGUGCCAUGUCACUCUCUUCCGGACCUUGACAUCCGCGCCUGGCAGGACUACAGAUACGGGGAUUCACCAUCCGACGGGAAGUAGACGACUAUUUGCUAAAGACAUAAUUCUGUUAAUGUUUGGCAUCUGUCGAAAUUCUAAUCUAUGUGGGAUGUUUAAGAAUGCAUAGUAUAUCAACAAAUGUUUAACUUUUGAGAGGAGAAGUUUUGUACAACCGGAUUGACGUACAGAGGGCUGAUAGGAAGCACUCCUGACUGUGUCGGUACUACUGUGAUUCGUGUAGAAGCCGAAUCUAUGCUAGAGGACGCUUACUGCUUCUUGUUGACAUAUCGACAUAAAUCCAUAACGAUCGAAUGAAAUGCCAAGGGUUGGUUUCAUCGUGAACUGUGUAAAUUGGUGAUGUGCAAAAAAAGAUGAAUUUGAAAUGCAAAACUAAGUGGAAUUCUUGUUAUGGAAUCUGACCUUCUACUUCCUAAUACAAAUUCAAAGAAUGUUGUUUGGAUGAUAUUUGCUGGAUCCUGUCAAGUGCAGUUAUUUCAAUCUGCAUUGACUAUUGAAAAAAUGUUCUACCACAAAACACAUCAUGUUUAUGUGGUCUUUCUAUAAUAUGGAAUCGCUCACUAAGAGGACGAGGUACAUUUGUAUACAUGAGGAUUGCUUGCUGGAAACCCUCUGAGUAAAGGUUGAGAAUCGAUUACUGGUUAAAGUGAUUGUGGUAUGGAAUUACAAAGGCUCAAUUCAAAUGUCAUUCACUCCCCGUUUAUAAUUGCUAAAUGACAUGCAAGAUGUUAACAGGGUGGAAAGCCCUCGGCUGCUAACGUGACGCUCCUUCUCAUGGACUUAUAAUCAACAUACGUCUUUACAUUGCAGCUUGGUCAGCGGUUAUCAACACAACAAUGACAAGCCUUUGACCUUGCUUUUCCGCUCUGCAAGUAGUGCAGGAUGUAUGACGCAUCGCAUUUGUCAAGAUCUGACACAUACAGCAAGAAUACCCCGCUCCGUCUGGUCAAGGUGUGACUGCAAUAUAUACAUUUAGAUAAUUUACCACAUAUUGACGGACAGUGUGAUGGGAAGAUUGAGCGGAAGUUGUGUCGUGUUUCUUGAUGCAUUAUUUACCCCUAUAGGUUGACACUUUUGACCACUUUAAAACUACAUGUAUAUGUUAAAGGGCACUUAUCUUAUUGGAUCGCAUUCAGUAAUUGGAUACCUGGAAUACCUCGAUGCAUUUUGUGUUUAAAUGUUUCCCUUAGAGAGCAGUAACAUGACGUUAUGUAUAAUAUUGACUAAUCAGAAGUUUCUCUUUAAAUAGUGUUCGUCCAGAGAAUCUUUACAUUUAUAUGAACAUUUAAAAAAAAUAUUCUUACAGAAGUAUCAAAAUUAAAUUUUAUCAAGAUACCUUAAAGGAAUAUCUUAUAUAUUUUGUACAUGGUGUAAAUAGUAUGGGCGAGUGUUUCCUGUACUGACGUCCGCUUCUAGCGGUCGCUCUCACCUGAGUUUUUUUUUUAUUGGAAGUAACGACAAAGUGAAUGAUCGACCCAAAGCGCCUGACACUUUGACCCCGUCCUGGCCUUAUCUGUCUGGUAUAGCGAUCAAUAUCAAUGUCGGAAGUUAUAAAACUUACCUGAUAGGGUUAUUAUAUCAUAUUUUUACAAUGUAUUAUGUGACAGAUGAGAUCGACAACAGAUUUAAUCACGUG